ACAUAAAAAAGGAACCAGCUGUGCAUCUAAGAAAUACUCAGCACUGUCUUUGGGGUUCAGAAAAACUGCAGGAAAGGAAUGCAGAUUUGACCUGAGUGAGGUGUGGAGUGGGGGCCAGUGUAUCUGGACUGAGAGCACUUGCCCAGAGUCUCCGGAGACAUUGCAGUGUGCCCAGAGACACACUGCACACAUUGCAGGCCUGAAGAAAGCUCCUUUUCUACUGCCAUGGCAACCACACAAGGACUAGAAUGGACCACAGGGGCUGGCCCUGGUGUGUACCAGCCAGAGAAGUCUGCUGUUCUACACCCAAAUCUGUGGAAAAGGAUUCCAGAGAAGUUCUUGAAGCGGGAACCUAAAGUCCUCGGGGACUUUAGUCAAUCAGCUAUCAGCUUCUCUGCAAAUGAAGAGUGUAAAGAGAACAUAAAUAUUGUUUCAGGGUCCUUGUCAAUUGUAGCAGGGGCUAAAACUACAAAAGGUCUGAUCAGAAGUAGCCUAGGAUUAAACAUCUCCAGUUCUGUCUUGGCUGCAUUAGGGAUCUUGUUCACUAGUAUAGGUGUUAUGGUGAUCCUGUUAAGUGUGCUAGAGUUCUGCAUUGCUGUGUCCCUCUCUGCCUUUGGAUGCAAUGUAACCUGUUGCCAUCCUGAGGGGGUUGUUUUUUUUAUGCCAUCAAAUCCUCACAUGGCAGAAACUGCAUCUUCUGCACCAUUUGCAGGAGGUUUGAUGCCACCGACAGACCAACAGCAAAAUGUUCCAGAAAAUCCAUCCUGA